AUGCUGCUCCCGACGUUGCUUCUGCUCUCGUGGGGCGCUUGUGUGUGGGCACGACCCGCUGCGUGCAACGUCGACGGUGUCCAGAUUGAACAUGGCAGUGCCAGAUACUUAACGGGACGAGCUCAUCGCCCCGGUAGCAUCUACGCGCGGUGUCUGUACGGAGCCGCGACGUGUUUCGAAGACCGCGGACUGGUAGACGCGCCUCAGUGGAUCAAUAGUCGGGAAGUGGACUGCUUUGAGGCCACUGAACGCCGUCGCCUGGGUGUAGCCAUCAUUCUGGAGGAGGAUAUCUGGCCUGACCAUAUUGUAUGGUACCGUAUCAAUGGUACCUUCUCGGACUACGAGCUGGACGUCAUCAACACCGCCAUAGACCUGUACAGCAAGGCGGAGGUGAAUGUGACGCUAGAGGAGUGCAAACCGAUCUCCAAAUGUAAAGGCAAAUACGUCAGUAUCGAGCAGAACGAAGACGCGUGCUACGGGAUGGUCGGGUACGUGAACGACGGCAAGCCGCAGAUCAUGAACCUGGGCGAGAGCUGCUUCACCGGCGGUCCGGGCAACGUCGUCCAUGAGAUUGGCCACGCUAUGGGACUUUAUCAUGAACACACGCAUCCAGAUAGAGAGGUUAUUGUGCUGACUGACCAAAACUUGCCGGUCUCGGCAGAGAACUACGGUAAGAAGACGAGCAAGGAGGCGACGCUCAAGCCGUACGACCCCCAGUCCAUCAUGCACUACGGUCGUACGGCUGGUCUCUGCUUCCCGAAGGCGCAAUACCCCCUCAAAGCCUUCUGCGACGUGGAGACGGUUAAGAACUGCAUCCAACCAGUGGAACAACACUGUAAUUCGAGUCGAGACGCAGAGAUUGGAACGCGCACGGUACUCAGCGCUGGCGACAUCUACACGCUACGCAUGCUCUACGGCUCCAAGGACAACGCCACAGUGCGCGACGUGAAGAUUCCUACAGUGAAAUCCUCGGCUGCUGGCAGUGUCGGCUCCCCCGAUUCCCUCACGGACGUGGUCAAACGUACGACAUCCAAGUCAAAGAAGGCUUCAACUACGGAAGCCCGGUCUUUAGACAAGCGAACGUCUGUGUCGACGUCCGACUACACGCCUGGGGAUGUUCACGGCGAAGGAAGCAGUAAAGACGGGUCUGUAGCUGAGUUAUUGGAAUGGUGGGAGAACUUAGAAAACACCAUCCAGAUCCAGAAGAAAAAGACGUCGGCUUCGAAUUAA